CCCUGCAUGGAGCGGAGAAUUACAUUUGUAUGCUUGAUUCUCGAGGGUGUGUAAUAGGAGAACCUUUCGGCAGCCUGCACUGCGCACAAUACUCUAUUGGACCAAACGGCAGUCACAGCGCUUCGGUUCGGUUUGGCUCGGCUCGGAAACAGGUCCUCACAAUGAAACAGUGGAUGCUCCUCCUGUGUUUCUCUGUCUUGCACAGCACUGCGGAGGCCACCUCUUUGAAGACGUCAGACUCUCCAGUGAAGGGCAUGCUCUCUGAAGAGGUCUCUCUCCCCUGCUCCAUCUCCCCCAUCUCCGAUGCAACGCCCCUGAAUAUUUCCUGGCUUAAAAAACCAAAUGACUUGCUGGUCUACUCGUACCAUCUGGGGUCUAGCAGGGCAGGAUCCAGUUUCGAGGGGGGGCGUGCUAACAUUGACCUCAGCAAGCUGACCCGUGGUGACCUUACCCUGACUCUACUCAACCUCACUUUUGCUGAUGAGGGGACUUACUUGUGCCAGACCACAGACAGCAAACGGGAAAAAGUGGAGAAGACCGUGGAGCUGGAAGUGUGGAGUGUAGGUCAACGCCCUUUGAUCUUACUCUCCUCCCUCCCCACCGCUCUCUCGAUCUCUCUCUCCUGUCAGUCCUCUGGGUGGGCCCCCGCUCCUCAGGUCUCGUGGAUUGGAGGCGAUGGCAGCUUGCUGGGACGGGGGGAAUCGGAGGCCAUGGGUCAGGGCAAGCCGAUAAAGGUGAUAAACAAGGUGACCAUCAAUGCAAAAGACGAGCAGAAAGUGAGCUGCAGCCUGAGGAACACACUGCUGGAUAAAGAGAUGCGUGAGACUGUGAUCAUUACAGGUGAUUUCCCUCCCAGUGUCUCUCCCUGGCUUAUUGUGUUCAUCGUUCUGUUGCUGAUUCUCGGUGUGAUCGCCGGGGUUGUGUUCUGGCAGUACAGCAAGAAGAGAGAAGCCAUCCGAGUGAAGGAACGCCAAGCUGCUGAAGCAGAACGAGAGCCUCUUCUGGAGCAGUAUGAAAAGGAAAAGAAGAAUGCUAAAGAAGAAUAUGACAAACUGAAGAGUGAACUUUCUAAAGCCAGGGUUGUCAACAAGUCAGAAUGGGCACGGGUCACAAAGAACACAACCGCACCAGGCAUGAAGGAAGGCUUCAGCUCUGGUAAUCCGUACUGGGAGGUGGCUGUGCGGGAGAAAGACUGGAUAGUAGGUGUGAUUGAGGAUGGAAUGGAUAUCAAGACUGCGGUGGGAGGGAAGGACGGCUCCAGCGCGUGUCCUGAGAAGGGGGUGUGUGCUUUGAGUAUGAAGGGCAGUUCAGAGCUCCGUGCCCUCCUCUCCUCCCCCUUCCCCAUCACCCCCUCCGAGCCCCCACGCAAACUGGGCUUCCUGCUGGACUGGGAGGAGAAGCAGCUCUCUGUGUACGAUGCCGAGAGGAAACAGAGGCUCUACACCUUCAACACCGAGUUCAAAAACAAAGCUGUACCCUUCUGUCUGUGAGGGGGAGGGGGGGGGGGUAGGAGGAGGAGGGAGAGUCUCAGAGGAGGGGGGUGGGGGGCAGUGGUCGCUGAAAUGAUUUUGGGGUCACCGUUUCAUUCAGAAAUCAGCAGAACUGUGCGGGAUGGUGGUGGAUUACUCCUUCCCACUCUGGUGCACGCUGUUUGUAGUUUCCAGUUGUGCUGUAUGUUCUGUCCAAGGGGAUAACAUUAAAUGAAGUUUGACAAAUUGUUCACAGUGGUUGAUUGCUUAACCACAGUCACAAUGGGUAUACCGGGAGUGUCUGACUGGAUCUGCUGGUUUGGGAUGGAACAACCCUUUUAAAGCUUUGUUCUUGUAAAGUAAAACUGUAAGAAGCGUUCAGCAAGUGCUUUCUUUGAUAUUCCUGUUAAAUAUACAGGACUAAAGGCAUCACGACUGGUCAAAACAUUUGCCUACUUGACUUCCUUUCUUACAGUUUUACCUGAACUCUGAUGAAGCGUUUUGAAGUUCUGGAUGAUAACUUCUAUCUUUUGCCUUCGGGGAGGAUAGCUCAGACAAUCUUAACUGCUGAGCUAUUCCAACUAUUCCGUAGACAAUAUUAAAAGCCGUUUGUUUUCAGGGAUAGCGGGGCGUGCGUUGUGUUGCAUUAACAAACAAAGCCAUAUGUCAAUGCAACACAACGCACAAGCCCUGGAGCAUGUUAUCCCGCUUAUAAAAUACAUUUUAUUAUAUAUCCUUCCGCUUUGGAGAAAAAAAUAGUCCCUCAAACGAGGUUCUAUUUGUUGUAAACAUUAAACUGGAGGUUUUCAACGUUUCCAUUUAUUGUAAUUAAUUCAAAUGAAUGAAGCCUCCGUGCUGGUCUCAAUCGCUCCGUAAACAGAGCUGACAUAACCUGCAGUGUUAGCCUUGUUAGUGACUCAUCAUGUAUUUUUGUUGAUAAUGAAAAGAUACAGAAAAGGAGGCAAAGACAAAGUUCGCUCUCCACGCAUUACUACUGCUGACCUGGAGAAGCUAAUACAAAAAUACAUGACGGGCAUUUUUAAAUGCUUGGUCACUAAUGGGCUAUCAUUGUGGUUUAUGUCAGCACCGAUGUAAAGUUGGUUUGAAGUUCGAUAUUCAUUUUAUAUUCACAUUAUCACCUAGACUUUUCAAACCAGCUUCAUUGGGAAGCUUAUCAGUUGUGAAUCUGUGCACAGCCUUUCCGAAUCCUAUACUGCAGGAUGCUCAGAGUUUGAUGCAUUCUUUUGAAAUAUCUAGGCUUGAUUAUUGCAACGCCCUAUUUUCAGGUAUCGUAAGCUAUGUUUUAUCCCGAUUACAGCUUGUACAAAAUGCUGCGGCCAGGGUUCUAACAAGAACACACAAAUGUGAACAUAUUUCCUGUGUGCUAGCAGCCCUACAUUGGCUCCCGGGGCGGUCUAGAAUUGAUUUUAAGGUCCUACGCUUAACCUAUAAAGCCCUUAAUGGUCUGGCCCCAUCAUACUUAAGGGAUCUUUUAGUCCCUUAUAUUCCUGUCCCAAGGGCUUUUAAGAGAAACACAGGUGGCCCCUGACUGUGGAACGCUCUGCCUGGCUCAAUAUAAGAGGCAUCUACCGUUGCAAUUUUUAAGUCAAGUUUGAAAAUCUGUUUUUAUAAUCUAUCACUUCCAUUUUAAUCAUUUUGCUUUUGCUUCCUAACUGUUUUUAUUUCUCGAUGCACUAGAGUUUUAUUACUGUUUGCAUGGCUUUUGCAGUUUUAUUGUUGAUGUUUUGAACUGUUGUUUUCUGUUUAGCGUCUUGAAAUGCCAUGAGAGAUGCUAUAUAAAAAAGUUUGAUUUAAUUUUAUUUUUAACUGCAUGGUAAACAAUCCUCAACAGCCAAUCGGCUUGCAGCAUCCAUUCUGGUUUAUAAAUACAAAGAGUGGAUUCCCUGGCAGUUUGAAUGGAAGGGCAGCUCUGAGGGUCAGCAAACUGCUUCAGAACUCCAGGACAUUAAACUGGUCUCGCAUUACAAUGAAAGACAGGGAUGUUCUUGUUAUAAUCAGUUUUUUUUUUUACUGUGAAAAUAAUGUAAAUGAUGUUGUAUUUUGACUGGCUUAGCUUAUCCGCAAGCCUUAGCGCAUUGUCAUUUGAUUGGCUGAGCUAGUCUAAUUGGUAUUGUGGUUUCUUUAAAUCAAAUGAGGAGAUCAGUUUUGAUAGUUGUGCAUGUGCUUGCUUAACUUGUGCUGAUGUGACAGUGCAGUAUAAUCAUAUGAAACCAAGUAGUAUCGAGAUCUACGACCCAAUGCCGAAUAUGUGCUUACCUGGUAACUACUGAUCUGCUGUGAGGAACAGGAACAGCGAGACUCAUGUGAACCGUGAUAUUCCUGAAGCUCCUGUAUCGCUGUCUCUCACCCAGUCUCAAAGGUAAACAGGCCAGCUUUAAAAGGGAGGACAGUCUCCCUGACAACCUGUAAAUGAAGAAGUGCUUGUUUCAGUAGAUUGUAUAUACUGUCAUGUUGGUUCAGCAUUUACCUUGAAAAUAAAGAUGCUUUUUGACCCUAUAAAA